AUGGCAAAGAGACAAGGAGCUGAGAAAGAGCCACUUUUGUCGCCUAAUACUAGUUUGGCCUCCUACGAUGGAUCAUCGAAACAGAACUUUAAGAGUGAUGAACUACAUGUAGGCUCACCUGAUAGUGGGAAACGUCAUGAUUCUAUCACAGAUUUCGAUCAGGCGGAUUCUUGGGGGAUCUUACAUGAAAAUGAAGGUUCCAGCAGCAAUAGGAAUGAUCGCGACACUUUUAUUGAUCACAGACCAGCUUUGGAUCGUAUGGCUAGUAGAUCCAAAAGUGUAUCAAACAACAAUAUACACCGUGCUUCACUUCCAGCAGUUUUAACUAAGUCGCAUUCUGGCAAGAAGGUUAAAGGUGCUGAAGCGUUCCAGAAAUCUCUACUAGCCAAACUGUCUCCUUCGGAGUUAGAAGAAUGGGCCAAGGAUGGAAGUUAUGGACGUGAUAGGUUUGGAAGUGGACUAGAUAGACCAAGGAGGAGAAAUACGAUGGCUGGUGAUGAUGUUGUCAUCGAUGUGGAUGAGCUGAUGCAACAUGUCCAUAAUAAUACAAAGAGUGCAAGCUCAAAAAAUUCAAAAAGUGCACAUAGUUCUAAUCCUGAGGGUUAUAAUUCAAGACCCUCAUCAAGAGGCUCGUCUACAAAUUCCUCCCUGGAUGAUGUUUGCUUGUACCUGGAUGAUGAAGGUGAUACAGAGGGCAAAAAAUGGCCGGAUUGCAGUGUUUUGGAAGAAUUUUCAAAGGAAGAGACUGACAAGCUAAGAAGACAGGCUUUAAAAGAUGCCGAGGAGUUUCAUUUCCAAUACGAUGAUGAGGAUGAGUUAGAUGAGGAAUCUGGAAGCAAUGAAGGUAUCUUUUUCUCAAAACCAAUUGUGACUAGUAUUGAUGUGCCUGAGCUUGGUAACAAGAGAGUAAAUGAGGCCGAACAGUUGAAACCCGGUAGAUUAAGACCCAAGAAGAUUGCUCCAUGGCAUCUGAAACGUGCUUUAGUGCCAUCCUCUUACCAGACCUUGAAAGACCAUACAAACAUUGGGCAUGACAGUUCCACGCGCGAUAACUUCCUUGUAGGUCGCAACAUUCAGUACCCACCGCACAUUGUCUCGAAUAACCCAGAGCAUUUCAGAUUUACCUAUUUCCGUGUUGAUCUAGACUCAACGAUUCAUUCACCCACUGUUUCCGGUUUGUUACAACCUGGUCAAAAGUUCGAAGAGCUUUUUAACGAUUCUGUGUACUCGGAAAACACUUCAAGAAGAAAGUCAGUGACUCCGUCGAUGACUAAAUCAAGUACACCUUUCCAAGGGCAAACUGCGGGUAUGAAUCCGCUUUCAUCAACUGCUAACAAUAGAUCUUCCUACAACGUUCCAUCUUUAGAGGAAGAAGAAGAUGAAGUCUCACCUUUUUGGCUCGAUGUUCUUAACCCAACAGAAGAGGAGAUGAAAGUAUUAAGUAAAGCGUUUGGCAUCCAUCCCUUGACUACAGAAGACAUUUUCCUAGGAGAAGCUCGCGAGAAAGUUGAGUUGUUCAAAGAUUAUUAUUUGGUUUGUUUUAGAAGUUUCGAUAUCGUUGCUGAGAGGCACACGAGAAAGAAGAAGAUGAGACAAGACUCGAUUGCACCCGAAAGAGAAAGUUUGCAGAAAUCUCAACACUCUGUAAAGCGUUCACGGUGGUUACCAACUUUCCGUCGCCGCAGGAGAUCUUCGACCAUUAGAACAGCUACUGCAAGCUCUUUAAGCAACAAGCGCCGGAAGGAUGAGAAGGAGCAAGAAGAGAAACAAAAGUACAAGAGAAAGUCUGGUGAUAGACAUAAGCCACGUCAAGGUGAAUUAGAACCUUUGAACGUGUACAUUAUCGUUUUCAGAACCGGUGUGCUAACGUUCCAUUUUGCUCCUACACCACAUCCUAUCAAUGUGAGAAGAAGAGCUCGUCUUUUGAAAGAUUAUUUAAGUGUUACCUCGGACUGGAUAGCAUACGCUUUGAUCGAUGACAUCACAGACUCGUUCGCUCCGAUGAUUGAGCUGAUCGAGGAUGAAGUUUACGAUAUCGAGGACGCGAUCUUGAAGAUGCACCACAGCGAAGAUUCAAGCAAUGAGGACAGUGACGAUUCGGACAGCAGCGACUCUGACAACGAGUCGUUCCCCUUCGACAGAAGUUCGCGCAGAACAGCAUUCUCCAGAGGUACGAGGUCUUCAGGAUCCUCAUCAAGCAGAACCAGGUCGACUGGCGAUUCCACUUUUAACGUCAACCUGAUCGGUUGGAAGAAAAAGGGUGAUAUGCUUAGACGUAUCGGAGAAUGCCGUAAGAGGGUGAUGAGUAUAUUGAGAUUGCUGGGCUCGAAGGCAGAUGUCAUCAAAGGAUUCUCCAAGAGAUGUAACGAGCGUUGGGAUGUUGCACCUCGUUCCGAGAUAGGAAUGUACUUGGGAGAUAUCCAGGACCACAUCAUCACCAUGGUAUCAUCACUUAACCACUACGAGAAGCUUCUAAGCAGAUCGCAUUCGAACUACCUAGCCCAGAUCAACAUCGACAUGACUAAGGUCAACAAUGACAUGAACGACGUUUUGGGUAAGAUUACGAUUCUUGGUACCGUCGUUCUGCCCAUGAAUGUUAUCACUGGUCUAUGGGGGAUGAACGUUAUCGUACCAGGCCAAUUCAACGAGUCCUUGAACUGGUUCAUGAGCAUCUUUGCCUUCAUGCUCGUUCUAGCCUAUACGGCCUACGUAUACACCAAGCGGAGGUUUGGGUUUUAA